GCUCCUGGAUUCCUGUCCUGUGUUCUUUGGCCCCAGUGUCACUGGGUCUCCAUCUUCCUAUGUCCGUACAAAAACGGGCGUCUUCGCCUGUUGGGAUACCAAUCAAGUAUGGAGCAUCGUCGGUCUCGAAGUCUACGAAGACUCAACCCGCGCUCGGAGAUGUCCAGGACAACAUCUACACGACGAUCGUCAACGUCGGCGGCCAGAAUUAUACCGUUCAGAUCGAUACUGGAUCCUCAGAUCUAUGGGUCUACUCUCAGGAUACUCUUCCAAAAAUGAGCCCGUCCAUGUCCUUUGCCAAUAUCAGCUACCUUGACGGAAGUUCGGCUUCGGGUCCUAUUGCUUUCGCAGAGUUCUCCAUCGGAAGUUACUCGGUCCCAUCUCAAGCAUUCAUCAACACGACGGACCCGAUAGACAUGGACAGCAUGUUCGACGUCGGCGUAUUCGGACUCAUCGGGUUAGGCUUCAGCACAGAUGACGCCUCCACCGUCGCUGCCAACAUCGAGAAGGAUUACAACAAUAUCACGCUAGGCCAGAGCCCCCUCGCCAACAUUUUCUCUCAGAACAAAUCUCUUCCCAACUUUAUCACCGUAGCCCUUGAUCGCUCUGGAGAUUUGGACGAUCAAUCAGAAGGAGCCUUCACCAUAUCGGAAGUCAUCGAAGGAUAUGAAGAUAUUCUCAAUACGACGAAGUUGGAAAGGAUACAGGUGACUGACGCGGGCACGUCUUGGGCGGUCACGUUGGAUUCAAUGACGGUGAAUGGGAAGAAGGUGUCGUUGAAGUCGGGUAUAGGUGGGGUGGACAAGGGCAAGGCCAUUGUGGUGCUGGAUACGGGGACUUCCGCAGCAGGAGUGCCAAAGUAUGUGCAGACGGCGAUGUACAGCGUGAUGCCGAACGCGCUCUACGAUGAUGAGCUUGAUGGCUGGAUUGUGCCGUGUAACGCUACUGCUGACGUUCGAUUCGUAUUCGGUGGCAAAGAGAUCCCCAUACAUCCGCUCGACUUGACGCAGCUCAAUAACGGGACAAACGAUGAUAAUGAGGACGUCACAUACUGCAGUUCCACCUUCGGCACCCUGGGCUCCGACAGUGACCAAGACAUGCUCCUCGGAGAUUCGUUCCUACGAAACGCAUACUCUCUGUUCGACUACGGAGACUUCACAGGCGAGGAAGGAGACCAGGUCGCGAACGCCUAUGCCCAACUGCUAGCGCUUACAGAUCCAUCGGACGCACUCUCGGACUUCAAGACUAGUCGUUCAGCUGCUCUUGCCCAGUCUCCACCAUUAGCCACCCUCGAAGAGAUCAAAGGAUGGGUGAAGGAAGAUAACGAGCCUACCACCACUUCCACCUCUGCGAAAGCCUCGUCCCCAACGAAGUCCUCGUCCACGUCGAAUGACAAGGCAGUUCAGAACGCGGUAACCUCAGGCGAUGACUCGGACAGCGCUUCCGUAACCGACAAGCUGAACACCUACGGACCAGCUAUCGUUGGCCUCCUCGCCGGAAACUUAUUGGUCGGCAUCGUUCUCUGCGCGAUAGGAAUAUCGGUGUGCAUCAGGAGGGGGGCGUCGGUUGGCCCAGCACGGAAUGCACCGAUUUAUGCACCGGUGAGGUUUAAGGAGGAUAACGGGUCGAGCGUGGGAGGAGGGAGCCAUCCUGGCGAAGCUUAUCGCGACGAGACGAGGUAUAGUGAUUGAGGAACUGUACUCGAUCCAUUUUGCUGGUGGUCUGGGUUCACUUGAUUUUCCUUCUUUAAUAUUGGUUGCCACGUUAGUGUCUGAGCUCUCAUUGUGACUUCGUUCCCCACCAUCGUUACUAUUAUUGUUUGCGACGCAUCUCUACAUACUCUACGCACUUGUGGACAUUGGCUUGGAUUGUAUAGUAAUGGACAGUUCCCUGUAGGGUUAUUAGUACGUAGCUGAAUACGGACCCUACGCGCUUACGCCACAAAGUAGAACGAGCGCCAAAUGCUCGGACGAUUGGAAGGCGGAGUCGCCGUCGACGACC